AUGGCAUUUCUCAUACCCCCCUCAGCUCUAGAGCACCAGGCCUCUAGCUCUCUUCACUCUCCGCCGCUCAAAACCCAGAUUACACCCGGCGAUGUGGGAAUCCUAAGAUCAACUCUCCUACCCUCAUUCGGCCUAUACUCGUCCCUCUCGCUAGCAACAUACAUUGCAGCUGAAGCAACAAACCGGGUCGAACUCAAAGACUGGCUCUGGCCCACCGCCCAAGUCCUCAAUGCCUGGUGGACCGCCAUCGGGCAACCGAUGUGCAAACACGACAUCUCAUUCAGAGCAGCUUAUGAAUCUUUAACAUGGACCGAAAAGGUUCUUCUAAACUGCGUUACGAUCUGGGGCACGAGACUCUUUGCCCGGGUCGCAUGCCGGUCGUUGAACCGCCGGACCGAUGAUUCGCGGUACAGCGUAGUCAAAAAACAGCCGGGUUUUUGGAAAAGUGCAUUUUUCAAGAUAUUUUUACCGGAAGCUCUUGUGUUGAGUGUGAUCUCUUUGCCGUUCACAGUUCCGUUUACUACAAGUGAAGCUACGCUUCCAAUGGGUGAUGAUGUAAUGGAUAUUGUGCGGGCGCUUGGCGUUGCGCUUUUCGGAGCUGGAUUUGCCCUGGAGGCUAUGGCAGAUACACAGCUUGAACUGCAUCGACAGGAACGGACCGAUUUGUGUAGACAUGGUGUUUGGGAUUUGGUGCGGCAUCCAAAUUACCUCGGGGACACUGUGGUUCAUUUUUCAUUUGCUGUGCUUAACAUGGCUGGCCCAUUCAAUCCAGUUAUAAUACUGGGGCCUAUGGCGAACUACCUCUUCCUGCGGUUUGUGGGUGGUGAUAAGCAAACCGAGGCUAGCCAGGAAGAGCGCUAUAAGUCUGACGAUCCACAUAAUUAUGGACAGCUGCGACAGUGGCAGAGGGAGAAGAAUAGUAUCUGGCCUGGUUUGCAGGACUUGGUGAAUCCAUGGGCACUGGCUGUUGCUGGUUGCGGGUUUAUCGCUGUGGUAAUUGAGGAGGGGUUAAGAGGUGCUUAUGAUAUGUAA